UUCAUAAUCCCAUUUCGGUUGUUCUUCUUCGUCAAUGGCGCCUGUUGACCCACACUCUUUCACUGAUUCUUCCCACCCUCUGACCGUUCACAUUUCCCUCUCUCUCUACUUCGAUUUUCCUUCCACCACCAUUCAUGGUGCUGCCUUAGUUUCUCUCUCCAAUUCCCACUCCGGUCCUCUUUCCCUCGAUACUCGUUCUCUUACCAUUCAUUCUGUUCUCCACCCUGAAUCCCAUGCCCCGAUUACGUUCUCGCUUUCUCCUCCCGAUUCGAUCAAAGGCUCUCUUCUCUCCGUUUCACUCUCCGGCCAGUCCUCUUUCCUCGUGAUUUACACUACUUCUCCUUCAUCAUCGGCUCUGCAAUGGCUGACGCCUCCCCAGACUUUUAACAAGACGCAUCCGUUUGUUUACACACAGUGCCAAGCUAUUCAUGCUCGUUCUAUUUUCCCCUGCCAAGACACUCCGGCGGCGCGUGUGCGUUACUCCGCGCGUCUGAAUAUUCCUCAGGAACUGUCGGCGGUGAUGGCCGCUCGGAGUGUGAAACGCCGCCCACCGGUUGCUGGCGAGGGUUCGAUGUUGGCCGGAGGGGUGGAUUUGUUGUGGAGUGGUGAAGGGAGAGUGGUGGAAGAGUUUGUGAUGGAGCAGCCAAUUCCGCCGUACUUGUUUGCUUUUGCCGUGGGCGAGAUCGCGUUCAGGGAAGUUGGGCCGAGGACUAGGGUUUAUGCGGAAUCGGUGCCCUCGGUGCUCGAUGCUGCAGCGAGAGAAUUUGCAGGAACAGAGGAGAUGAUAAGGCAAGGUGAGAAGCUAUUUGGACCAUACGAUUGGGAGCGAUUCGACCUGCUGGUGUUACCUCCGAGCUUUCCUUACGGUGGAAUGGAAAAUCCGAAAAUGGUGUUCUUGACACCGACGGUGAUCAAGGGGGAUUCGACGGGGGUGCAUGUGGUUGCUCAUGAGCUUGCUCAUAGCUGGACUGGGAAUCUGAUCACUAACAAAAACAACGAACAUUUUUGGUUGAACGAGGGUUUUACAAGAUAUGCAGAAAGGAGAAUUGUUGAGGUUGUGCAAGGGGAGGAUGCAGCUACUCUUAAUAUAGGGAUCGGUUGGAAUGCUUUGAAAGAGGAUGCUGAAAGAUUUAAGGAUAAUCUGGAGUUCACGAAACUAAAAUCGAACCAAGAAGGCGUAGAUCCAGACGAUGUGUAUUCUCAAAUACCGUAUGAGAAGGGUUUUCAGUUCGUAUGGCGUAUCGAACGCCAGGUGGGAAGGCCUAAGUUUGAUGAGUUUCUGAAGAAAUAUAUCGAAACCUUUAAAUUUAAGUCGAUCGAUACAGAAACGUUUAUUGAUUUCUUGAAAGCAAACAUCCCUGGAAUAGAGAAAGAGAUAGAUUUAGAAAUGUGGACUGAAGGCACUGGUAUCCCUCCAGAUGCUUAUGAACCAGUUUCUAAUUUGUACACCAAGAUCCUAUCACUAGCCAAUGAAUUUAAGCUUGGUAAAAUGCCGAGGGACGAUGAAACUGCUGCUUGGGGAGGUCGGGAAUGGGAGCUGUACUUGGAGAAUCUGCCCAAACCUGUUGAUGCCUCACAGAUCCAGGCGCUAGACGCCCGCUAUAGGUUCUCGAAAUCAAAGGAUUAUGAGGUGAAAGUUGCAUUUCUUCAACUUGCUAUUUCGUCGAAAUUUCGAGAUUGCUAUAUCGAGGUUGAGAAAACAUUGAAGGAAGUUGGGAGAAUGAAGUACCUCCGCCCGCUCUACAAUGCUCUAACGCAAGGCCCCGGGAUGGAAGAAGAGAAGAUUUUGGCAAAGAGAAUAUAUUCUGAAGCUUGUGAGUGUUAUCACCCGAUCGCUCGAAGGGUCGUCGAGACCGUCUUUUCCAAGAACAUGGCAAGUCUUUGAAGCAAGCACCAUACUUCUGGUGCCCCUAAUUUGUCAGCUACUACUAAAGCCAUGGGGAAGUCUCUCUAGCAUUGUGGUCUAAACCUCUCUGGGUUACUAUUUUCCUAUCUCGAUGAAAUGCUAAAUUAACUUUUUAACAUAAAGAAAAAGUAAAAUUAAGCAUAUUUUGUAUG